UCCUUACCUGAGUCUGAAAUAACUGGAGCAGCUUACACAGCAUUCCAUUCAACGUCUGGUAAACGCUAUUAUCGUACAUCAUAAACUGUGGUGAGCGGUAGUUUACGCCAUUUUGGAGACUUUCAGCAUGUCGAAGAGGCAUCGCAUUGAUGUGGGCGACUCUCACGGCAAAAGGACAAGAGAUGAUGACCGAGACAGAGACAGGGACCGCGACAGGGACAAGGAUAAGGACAAGGACAAGCCCAAGUCCAUAUUUGAGCAGUUCAACAUCCCGAGACCCACUCUGCAAAUGAAUCCCUUCACAGGGAUGCCCUACUCUCCCCGGUACUACCAGCUGCUCAACAAGCGUAUGACACUGCCAGUAUGGGAGUACAAGGAAAAGUUCAUGGAGAUGAUGACCAAAUAUCAGACCAUUGUGCUCGUGGGAGAAACUGGCUCUGGUAAAACAACACAGAUCCCCCAGUGGUGUCUGGAGUGGGUGCGAGCUCGGUACGCCAAGAAGGCAGUUGCCUGUACACAACCUAGAAGGGUGGCAGCCAUGUCUGUGGCUCAGCGUGUGUCGGAGGAGAUGGAUGUCGGUCUGGGGCAGGAAGUGGGCUACAACAUCCGUUUUGAGGAUUGUACCUCAUCGAAAACAGUCAUGAAGUACAUGACUGAUGGUAUGUUGCUGAGAGAGGCCAUGUCAGACCCCCUGCUGGAAGCUUACGGAGUCAUCAUGUUGGAUGAAGCUCACGAGCGUACCCUGGCAACAGACAUCCUCAUGGGGCUGCUGAAGGAGGUGGCCAAACAGCGAUCAGAUCUCAAGAUAGUUGUGAUGAGUGCUACCCUCGAUGCUGGCAAAUUUCAGCAAUACUUUGACAAGGCCCCGUUGAUGAGUGUCCCUGGUCGUACACAUCCUGUGGAGAUCUUCUACACCCCCGAGCCUGAGCGGGAUUAUCUGGAGGCUGCCAUCAGGACCGUUGUACAGAUCCACAUGUGUGAGGAGGGAGAGGGAGACAUUCUUCUCUUUCUGACAGGCCAGGAGGAGAUUGACGAGGCAUGCAAGAGAUUAGCCCGUGAGGUGGACAACCUGGGACCUGAUGUUGGCAAUUUGAAGUGUAUCCCCCUGUACUCCACCCUCCCCCCGGCCCAGCAACAGCGCAUCUUCGAACCUGCUCCGGCCAAGAAACCAAAUGGGGCCAUCGGCAGGAAGGUGGUCGUCUCCACCAACAUUGCUGAAACAUCCCUGACAAUUGAUGGUGUUGUGUUUGUGAUAGACCCUGGCUUUGCUAAACAAAAGGUGUAUAACCCCCGUAUCCGAGUGGAGUCCCUCCUGGUGACAGCUAUCAGUAAGGCCAGUGCCCAGCAGCGAGCUGGCCGAGCUGGCCGGACACAGCCUGGGAAGUGUUUCCGUCUGUACACAGAAAAGGCCUACAAACAGGAAAUGCAGGACAACACAUACCCAGAGAUCCUCCGGUCGAACCUCGGCUCUGUGGUUCUGCAGCUCAAGAAGCUGGGUAUCGAUGAUCUUGUGCACUUUGACUUCAUGGAUCCACCUGCUCCUGAGACGUUGAUGAGAGCCUUGGAGUUGUUGAACUACCUGGCUGCACUGGAUGAUGACGGAGAGAUCACAGAACUCGGCUCCAUGAUGGCAGAGUUUCCGCUGGAUCCCCAGCUGGCUAAAAUGGUUAUUGCCAGCUGUGAUUUCAGCUGUUCCAACGAGAUUCUGUCGAUAACAGCCAUGUUGUCAGUCCCGCAGUGCUUUGUGCGACCUGCUGAGGCCAAGAAACCUGCGGACGAGGCUAAGAUGAGGUUCGCCCACAUCGAUGGUGAUCACCUCACUCUGCUCAACGUCUACCACGCUUUCAAGCAAAACCAGGAAGACCAGCAAUGGUGCUACGACAACUUCAUUAACUUUCGGUCACUGAAGAGCGCAGACAAUGUGCGGCAGCAGCUGGCUCGCAUCAUGGACCGCUUCAACCUGCGGCGAUCAAGCACCGACUUCACCAGCCGUGACUACUACAUCAACAUCAGGAAGGCUUUAGUCUCAGGAUACUUCAUGCAGAUCGCUCACUUGGAACGGACUGGUCACUACCUGACAGUGAAGGACAACCAGGUUGUACAGCUUCACCCAUCCACCGUGUUGGACCACAAGCCGGAGUGGGUGCUCUACAAUGAGUUUGUGCUCACCACCAAGAACUACAUCAGGACUGUCACAGACAUCAAGCCAGAGUGGUUGAUCAAGAUUGCGCCGCAGUACUACGACAUGUCCAACUUCCCCAACUGUGAAGCCCGCCGGAUGCUGGAGAGGAUUAUUGCCAAAUUGGAGAGCAAGCAGUACCAAGAGGGCUUUUGAUCAGCCUUGCCUCUAGGAAAUGUUAUCUACUGUUAUAUUGUGCAAGAUCUGGGACCAAUAUCUCAAAGGCCCUUCUGUCUUCAGUCUGUGUGCCCAAUAUUCAACUGGAUGAUGUUGAUGUUGACUGAGGCUACCCCUGGACGCAAAGUGUGCCCUGUAUUCAAGUUGGGAUAUAUAAUUGUGUGACCACCCAGGAUACAAAGCUGUAGCGGCCCAGUGCUAAGCUGGAUCCAAUAUUUCAUGUUCAUCAUGCAGUGGUGACGAGAACGAGACAGUAGAUGUAUCUAAAACAUUACUUUCCCUCCUUUCAGAAUCACCUGUCUUGUAUUAAACACAGUAACUGCUACUAGUCAGCUGAGGCUAAUCCAUAUCAGUCUAUUAUGACAGGUGACUUGCUCAGAAGUGUUGUCUAAAGUUAGUAUAAGGGCAGUUUGCAACUGACCACAUCAAAGAUGAGGCCAUAGAGCAUGUGGGCAACUAGAUUCUGAUUUGUAUCUCCUAACUACAUGUAGCGUUGUUAAUAUCAAAGACCCCAAGUCAAAGUACAUGUAUUGCAAUGUAAGCUGAGGUACCUUUGAGGUACUGGAUAUACAGGCAUGGUCAGCGUUGGGAGGACGAAUAAUGUAUUGAAAAUGUCCCCAAAAACGAUCAGAUAGAUUUGCUAAAAAGAAUUGUCAUUUACUGUUAAAGCUCUUGAAAUGCAGGUGCCAUCUGUAUAUAAAUAUGCACUUAAUGUUUGCUGUCAUUGUGCUGUACAGAGGAGAUCUGAGUGUUGGAGAGAGUCUGGGUUUGAACCCACGCAGGAAGUGCUAACAAUUGAUAGUUGCUGGAUAUGAGUAUUAAAUGUUGUUCAACAUCAUUUCAUGAAACUGUAUCAUGUUUAAGUUCAGAAAUCAUUGCCAUUGUUUCUUGUUUCAUUUUUAAGUAAAAAACUGAAAAAGUGUUUUUCAUAUGUAAAA